AUGAACACUCAACAGAUGGAGCAGAUGGGCCAGUUCAAGAUCACAGUCUGGGAGGAGGAGAACUUCCAGGGAAAGCGCUGUGAGUUCAUGCUGGAGUGCCAGAACAUCAUGGAGAGGGGCUUCAACAAGAUCCGCUCCAUCAAGGUUGAGAAUGGACCCUGGGUGGGUUAUGAGUACCCAGAGUACCAGGGACAGCAGUUUGUCCUGGAGAAGGGAGACUACCCUCGCUACGAGGCCUGGAGUGGAAACAGCAGCUACAGAACCGAGCACAUGCUUUCCUUCAGACCCAUCAAGUGCGCUAAGCACAGUGACAGCAAGGUGACCCUGUACGAGUGUGAGGACUUCCAGGGCCGUAAGUUUGAGAUGUGCGAUGACUACCCCUCCCUACAGGCUAUGGGCUGGUGCAGCAAGGAGGUGCCCUCUAUGAAAGUCAACUCCGGAGCCUGGGUGGCCUACCAGUUCCCUGGUUACCGUGGCUACCAGUACAUUCUGGAGAGAGACAGACGCCAAGGCGAGUACAGAAACUACAACGAGUACAGCACCCAGGCUCACACCAACCAGGUGCAGUCUAUUCGUAGGAUCCAGCACUAAGCCUGCAUUCUGCCUUCCCGAACCCCUUUUCUCAACUUGAGCCCCGGACAGACCGCUGCACAGAACAGUAGAUGGACAAACUCUUUCUAUCUCUCUGUGGCUCUGCAUGUAUGGAUAUCUAAGUACCUACUUCUUCUACCAUGCUAAAGCAUGUUCUUGAUAUAGGAAAUAAAGGCUUUUCUUCAAAACUA